AUGCUUCUCAGUCCUUCGAAUGAGCUUCCCAAGUUACACGAGGUCUGCAUCUUGCCUCCUGCAGCAUCAUCAUCAGUGCACUCUCCGGUCCCUCUUCUGUUGCAACAUCCACCCACGGACUGUCGUGAACUUCUUCCAUCAUUUGCAACUGCUGGCCAAGAUUGCUGGCGGCUAGAAACUCUUCCUGAGCUAUUGGACAGGCUGGAUCUAGACUCGACUGAUUCUUUGAGGAAAUACACAAAGAAAAUAUUGCAUAAAAUGGUGGACACUUGCAAACUUGGUAUUCAGGGACGAAUCCGAGAAGAUGUUCAAGUUCGUUUGGGUUUGUUAGAUGAUCAAUGGAGGGAUAACAAGUUGUCUGAAGCUGCAGAGAUCAAGUUAGGUUGUCUUGUUUCUGCUCUAAAAAAUAAUGAUCUGAAGGAAGCUGACAGACUACAUCUUGCCUUAAUGGUGGACCAUAUAACAGAGGUGAGCCAGUGGAUGGUAGCUGUGAAAAGAAUAAUCAGUGAACUGAAACUCCAGCACUCGUCACCCCAACCUGCAACCCCUAAGAAAUUUAUUAAAUCUUCAUUACCAACAACAUCAACCAAAAAUGCUUUAGCAACGGAAAAGCCUAGAACAGCGAACGGUUAUAAAGUUGAUUCUAGCAGAUUUUUCAGUGAAUCAACACCAUAUUGUGUUUCCCCCAUCAGUGAAGUCCAGCAUAAACAAAAGCAGAUUGACAACUCUUUAAAUGGUGAGGGCAUAAGUGACAGAACAAUAAAUGAGGUUAUUGGUAACAGGUGA